AAGAUAGCACUGCAUAGCAGACCGCGUUUUAACGGGACGGCAACUUGUGUUCUCGUGUGCUCGUUGAACUGUCUAAAACAUCAAGAUGUUGAAAGAAUUGGUAAGGGAGCGACUCAUUGCGGCCGCCGACGAAAUCUUCGGACUGUUUGAAGGAACGAUCGCGUCGUACGAGGAGCAACUUUGUCGAGCGAGAGAGGAGACCGAGCGACACCGACGACAACUGGAAGCCGUUUGCAAAACACAAAUUGUCGUACGCCUCGAAGACAUCGAGCAGCUGAUUGGUCGCCAGGAAGACCUUGCCCCAGAGCCGCAGUGGGGGAGCUCCAGUUUGGAGGAAGACUAUCCGAAGCCCACCCACGUUAAAGAGGAAGAGGAGGAGGCUGGUGUCUGCAAGUUGCCACUGAAUGGCGUCUCCAUGGAGAGUGAAGCCUAUGAAGACCAACCACCUGAAUGGUCACAGUUUUCUCAUCACAGUCCAAGUGGUGACCACUGUGGAGGACCACCACCAGACGACCUCUUAGCUCUACUGUCACCCAGUGACGACGAAGAACCUUUGAGGAGCGACACAGACUGUGAAGACGUCCAGCAGCUGAUUGGUCGGCAGGAAGAACUUUCCCCUCAGCCGCUGUGGGGGAUCUCCAGUUUGGAGCUGGAGCAUCUACAGCACCCCCACUUUGAAGAGGAAGGGGAGGAGGCUGAUGUCAGCAAGUUGCCACUUGCUGGUGUCUCUGUGAAGAGCGAAGAAGAGAAAGACGAACCACCUGAGUGGUCACAGCUUUGUCAUCACAGUCCAAGUGGAGACCGCUGUGGAGGACAACCACAAGACAGCCUCUUGGCUCCAAUGUCAGACAGUGACGACACAGAAGAACCUUUGGAGAGCGACGCAGACUGUGAAGGCGACGACAACCCGUCGAAACGUUCUCAAAAAGACGCAACUCCUAACAAGAAAAGUUCUCGAAAACGCCAGAAGUGUCACGCACUUAAAGAACAUUUCAGCUGCUCAGUUUGUGGUAAAGCUUUUACUUGUAAGUCACAUUGGAUGAGACACAAGAAGACACACACAGGGGAAAAAUCCUUUUGUUGCUCAGUUUGCGGGAAAACAUUCUCUCGAAAGGAACAUGUGGAAUUGCACAUGAGAACACAUACAGGAGAAAAACCCUUUCGCUGCUCAAUUUGCGGUACAAGAUUCUCUGUCAAACAAAGUAUGAAAAAACAUAUGAGAACCCACACAGGAGAAAAACCCUUUAGUUGCUCAUUUUGCGGAACGAAAUUUUCAAGAAAUGAAAGUCUGGAAAAACACAUGAGAGUGCACACAGGAGAAAAACCAUUUAGUUGUUCAGUUUGUGGUGGACGCUUUGCUCAAAGGUCCAAUAUGACCAGACACAUGCAGAUACAUAAAAAAGAGUAAAACAAAAUUACAGUAGUCCCCCACAAUACCGCGGCAUCCAAAGUGGACCACGUUGUUUUUAACCCAUUUAAUACCAAAAAAAACGUAGUUUUAACGUCUUUUAGAACUUGAUCACCUAAUCCCAAAGACGUAGUUUUACGUCUUUGACGUUUUUGUGCGCCACAGGCUUCAGAAGGGGGCUGACGUCACUUCUCACCAUAGGACUAGGCCUGAGAGCACUUUUAAUCCCCAUAAAAACGGACACUAGAUGGCAGCAGUGCAUCAUACAAUUUUAGAAUUUUGGUAUUACUUACCAAUGUACUACCGCAAACUACUAAAGAAAGGCAAAAGAUAGAAACAAACUUUUUUUCUGUUUGAGUGAUGGAACUUAAUCUUUUUUUCGGUGGGUGCCAUGUUUAUAUAGCCAUAGAACACAAUAUUCUGUGUUCCUUGAGAGAUCGGUGGAAAUCCUCUAAACUGAGGGGGGUUCUCUUUUUUUGUUGUUGUAAAUGCUGUGUUUUGCUGUGCAGUAACAAAUGCAAAUCAUGUUGCAAAGCUGAUUCAUUAUCAAGGUCAUCUUUAUUCAAUUUCCUUAUCUUCACUGGUAAUGAUUUACUUGUGUUGUGCUUCGGGCUUCACAUAGAAUACAGGUGUCAACCUUGAGGCCCGCGGGCCAGAUCGGGUCUGAUCUUUCCUCGACUUCUGCUUGUGUUGUCCUCCUACAUGAGUGUAGUUAUUUUACUUUUGUGUCGUGUGAUGUAACAUUGCGCCCUAGUUGACAAAUAGUUAUUUACAAUGCAAUGGCAGCAAAGCAUUGUUUCAGUUUGUAACCGUAUGCGACGCUGUGUACGUCGGCUAAAGAUCAGGCAGCAAAUUUCUUCGGUUAAUGCUUGCACGUUGGAUACCAUCUGUCUGAAAGUUAAGUUAAGGCCUUUUCACACUGCAGUUUCUCAUGAACAGUGCUUCGAGGUGUAUUUCAGGCUGAGCGGGGAGCGUUGAAAAGGAGUUUGAAAGCCUCCCGUACAGACGUCUCGGUAUAGUAUUUUUCGAGCGGUCCAAAGUUUGGAAUAGUGGGACACUGCAAUUAUUAUGCCUUCCUCCAUUUCCCCCUUGCCAUUUACAGUACAACUCCACCAAAAUAGCAGACAGAAAUCACUCCACCCGCUUCGCUCCCAUUGGAGGAGCUUUUUGAUGUCACUGCGUCAAAGCUCCCGAAUACAAUUUUUUUUCUAUCCGAUGAUUCGACGCUGAGCAUCAGACGCCCUCUGCUUUGGCGCGAUACUCUGCGUCACGUCAAAACGCGCUGACGCCACCUCAGCAUACACACAAUGAACGGGCAAGUCGAGGGCGUCAGACGCCUUGCCAAGUGAAAGAGCCGUUAUGGUAAAUUUUUCAUGUUGCUUUGUGUAUUACGUAACUUUGUAUUGUUCAUGUUUUCAUGUGGUAGCUUAGCACGUUAGCUAGUUAACUAGCAAGCCCUCGCUUGACUGUAAUCAGAAGUGAUGAUGUUUCCCUUUGAUACUUUACUUGUUCACGUGCUAGAUCCGGGUUACUCAAAUGCAUAUCUUGAAGGGCCGCAUAUACAUUUCGCAAUGAGUCAAAGGUCGUUUUAUUGAGCCUGGUCAGGCCACGUGAGAAUACUGUCAUAUUCAAAACAAAAUGUCCUUUUCAUUCAAAACAGCAACAUUUUGAGAAUUAAAAU